UAGCCUCUACUGCGCUCUAGGGCCAAGUACUACGGAGACAAAUACAGAUUACGGGACAACCAUGGCCCUCCUUGAUCUUGCCAUGCAAGGAUUCUCCAUCUUCGGAUUUUGCUUAUUUAUUGUUCUCUGGCUCAUGCAUUUCAUGUCGAUCAUCUAUGUCCGUCUACAUCUCAACAAGAAAACUCCCGAUAAGCAGCCCUACAGCAAGCUAGCCGGGGUCUCGCUUCUCAAGCCACUGAAAGGGGUCGACCCGAACCUCGUCAGCAACCUGGAGACGUUCUUCGAGUUGGAUUACCCCAAGUAUGAGAUCCUCCUGUGUGUCCAGGAUCAUGAUGACCCUGCCAUAGACGUGUGCAAGAAGCUCCUGGGCAAAUACCCCAAUGUGGACGCCAGGUUAUUCAUAGGAGGGAAGAAAGUUGGCAUCAACCCAAAGAUUAACAACCUCAUGCCCGGGUACGAGGGGGCCAAGUAUGACUUGGUCUGGAUCUGCGACAGUGGAAUUCGAGUGCGGCCGGACACACUCACAGACAUGGCCAUGCAGAUGACGGAGAAGGUGGGUCUAGUCCAUGGCCUCCCGUACGUCGCUGACAGACAAGGCUUCGCCGCCACGCUGGAACAGGUCUACUUUGGGACGUCUCACCCGCGCUCCUACAUCUCUGCCAACGUGAUGGGCAUCAAGUGUGUGACGGGCAUGUCGUGCCUCAUGCGGAAGGACAUCCUGGACCAGGCAGGGGGCCUCAUCGCCUUCGCCCAAUACAUCGCCGAGGACUACUUCAUGGCCAAAGCCAUCGCCGACAGAGGAUGGAAAUUCUCCAUGGCAACGCAGGUAGCCAUGCAGAACUCGGGCUCCUACUCCAUUGCACAAUUUCAGUCCCGCAUGAUCAGGUGGGCCAAGCUCCGCAUCAACAUGCUGCCGGCGACCAUCAUGGAGCCCAUCUCGGAGUGCUUCGUGGCCAGCCUGAUCAUCGGCUGGGCGGCGCACCACGUCUUCCGCUGGGACAUCAUGGUGUUCUUCAUGUGCCACUGCCUGGCCUGGUUCAUCUCCGACUACAUCCAGCUACGGGGAGUCCAGGGCGGGCCUCCAUCCUUCUCGAAGCUGGACUAUGCGGUGGCGUGGUUCAUCAGGGAGUCCAUGGCCAUCCAGAUCUUCCUGUCGGCGCUGUGGGACCCCACCAUCAGCUGGAGGACCGGACGCUACCGCCUCCGCUGUGGGGGCACCGCCGAGGAGAUCCUGGACGUAUAACCCCCCCCCCCUUCACUCACACACACAUAAAUGAAUAUAUAGAGAGAUAUAUACACACACACACUCACAUACACAAACACACACACACACCAGUCACCAACGUCACCAUCAACCCUCCCUGCCGCCCCGUAGCCUUAGGGGUUGGGGUCGGGGUUCAGGGGUCGUGGGGGGCAGAGACUAGUCACACACACACCACGGUACCCACAGAGAACGUGUGAGUGGGGAGCGGUCAAGAUAAGGAAGGAGGGAAGAGGAGAGCUAUCCCUGGACAUUACGGAAAAGGAAGAAAGGAGAGGUGGGGUUUGACGAUGGACAAAGAACUCAUUGUUUCGAGUGUGCGGUCGUUCGUUUCCUUUUCUAGUUUUUGUGUUGUUCUGUUGUUGUUGUUGUUGUUUUGAAAUGUUGCAGUAGGUGACUAAACCCAAGAGAGCCUUUUUGUGUGAGUGUUAUGAAGGUGUGUGUGUGUGUGUGUGUGUGUUCUCUGGGACAUUUUUGUUUUCAUUUUGUUUUUCAGGCUUUGUGGGUGUUGUAGAUGAGAUUCCGACAGAAUCUCCCGUCUUUGUAAAUGAGCCAACAGUGAGAGUGUAUGGAAACACAAGAGAAGCGAUGAGAGUGGGAGAUGUGUGUGUGUGUGUGUGUGUGGUGAGGGGGGGGAACGGAUUGGGGAUCAGAGUCAGAGUGUUGAUGGUGGACGAGUUAGAGAUGCCCAGUGGCCAUCCCCAGCAGACGCUUGAGCACUUACUCACCCUAGAACGCCACAUUCACUUACACGAGGAUCAAAGAUCAUUUUAUAGCUGAAGCAACGAUCUCUAGUUGUGUUAGUAGGGGGUAACAGUGUCUGUCGUGUAUUCCCAGCCAAGCCCAGGCAUUUGUCUUUGUGUGUAAGCCUGACGCUGUGGAACGCAUGAGCCUGUUGUGAGAUUCGGUGUCUUUUUUUUUACACAUCAGCUGUUUCUAGAUAGGCUUUUGUAGACAAACGAGGAGGGCGGGCCGCAGACGAGAGUCGAGCGCUCGACAGGCUCUGCGCUCUGCCCGCCGGCUCUCGUCUUCACGCCGGUGACGUUGGUUUUAACCUGCCGCCUGCCCCUAGCCUCGCCUGUGUGACGCUCGAGAUGGUCCAUCUAUGCUCGCUUUACAUCUCCCUCACACUGUGGCAGCCACUCUCCAGGAACUGCAGCGCUUGUGCUAUCUCCCCCUCUCUAAUCUCUGUCUGUCUAGUAUCAACCUCUGUGAUGUUUGCAUGUAAUCUUGUGCCUGAGAAUGCACUACACACAACAAUACCCCCCAACCACACACACACACACACACACACACCCCAAAUCAGUAUUUCUUGUCCUGCGAACGUGAUGUGUGUCCGUCAGUGUGGUUUUUGCACUGUUGAACAUGUGCCACACGUUUUUUUCUUCUUCCGCCAGAGAAAUUGGCUUCGGGCAGCGUGGUCCAUACAUUUCCGCCAUCCCAUGGCCCACCUCAUUUCAAAUCCCUGAUGGGUUUUUCACACCGUCGUCAGGGCACCUUUAGAGAAAUGCAUAUCUAGAGCUCUCAAAAAAGAAUCCCAUCUUGUUUUUUUAGUGCUUCAGAGUAAGAGCUGAGACAGUAUUUAAAACAAUAACACAUAAUGCCAAAAUGACUGGUGUUUUUUUUUUUAAGUACAUUGUGUGUACUUUUCUGUUCUGUUCUAUUGAGACAUUUCAGGAAAUUUGUUCCCUUUGCGAACCUGUUUUCAGUGUUUAGGAUAAUGCUUGGUAUCUAUUCGGAGUGGAAAAAUGCUGACUAGUCAGAAGAAGAACUCUAAUCCAUCUUCCGUCAAACUGUCGAAACCCUCCUCGUGCUCUGGCGUGCGUGCGCGUGCGCGCGAGGCUCCCGUGUAUGAACGAGCCACAUCGUGCCUGCACCUCCUCAUCUAUUGUUUUCUUCCUUCUUGAGCCAACAGAAACUAGCAGCUACAGUCCUUAAGACAUGUGCCAGACUAGACAGUCGUUUUUUUCUCUUUUUUUCCGCCAACCACUUUCGGAGGCUAACUAGCUCGCCUGCAUUCUCAUCAUACCGACGCAUACCAACGCUUGUUUGUCUCUUGCACACUCCGAGUGUCUGAUUUCCCUGGCCUCAAUCCCAGCACUGCAUCCAAGACUAGUGUGAAUAACUUAUUUACUGAUCCAACCAGAGAUCUCUGAAUUGACACAUUUUAGGGGAUGCAUUGAGGCUGCGUGAGCGUUGCGUGAGCGCGUGCUCACGAGUCUCAAGUCUUGUGUUGUCGUUGAGGCGAGGGAAGCUGUUCACUGUGUGCACCGACAUGAGACGCUUGUGGCGUUCUGGGUAUGUGCUUUGGGAACCUCAAUGAAGGAACAAAACACAGGUCUUUUGGACUCCUUUCUUCGAAUAGCUAGCUGCUUAAAGAGCCCUGCACUCUGUGAGGUACUUCUCUUAAUGCUUGUCUGAAAGGGGUUUGUUGAGACGGAGUCGACGUCAAGCUUGACCCGAAUCUCUCCUGCUGGUUGAAGAAGCCAGCAAUUCUUUAGUUUGAUUUGUUUUUAUGGUCAGGCAGAUGUUCGGUGGAGAGUCACACUUUCCGCGGAGCGGAGAGAGAUUUGUUUUAGUAGUCCGUGUGAUAACGAGCCUCUACAGGGUUUCUAGAUCGACUACCAUCAGUUUGAAAGCAUGCCAAACGCAUGUGAGGUGUGUGAUUCGUGCCACUUUACCUACCAAGGUUUUGUUCACCUUCUCCAAGACAUUUCAAGUGCGGUCGUGCUCUUAGAAUCAUUUCAGGAAGCAUACACAUUGCUUUUUAGAAUAUUCCAAAUAGGUUAGUAAAUUGCAAAAAAUGGAAAAACCAUGAAGACAAACCAACCAUCAAGCAGAAGCUGUAGAACUGAAACGGCCAAAUGUUGUGAUGAGACAUAUAUAAAUACCUUUUUAAGCAAACAUUUUAAAGAGUAAUAUCUCCUUGGGUCUGUCUGAUUUUCAGUGAUGCUAUCUUAGAUGCAGUCUUAAAAAUGUGGGUGUGUGAUGGUGUGUGUGUGUGGGAGGAGAUUACUUUUGAGUGCAUACGUUGGGCAUUCCUUAAAACCCAGGAAGAAGGGCCACACCUUCUCCAGGAGACAAUAGUCCAAGCAAUGUUGGGGUUUUUUUUUUGGUUUUUUUAAAGAAAACAAAAUGAUAAAAAAAAAAAAAUAGAAUUCCACCUCAUUCACGGGAAGUCUGUAACACACUGUAAAAUGUUCCGUUUGGACUUUCCCCAGUGUACUCGUCUGUCUGACUGUGACUGUACUUUCACAUCAUGUAAGUUGUGUACAGGUGUGUAUGCUUAUGAGUGAGUGUGUUCUAUUGAUGGCCUUUUUUUUUAUAAGAAAUGAAAAAUAUGUGUAAAAAAGAUUGUAUAGUGAUGAACCGUGGGGAACUGGACUUAUUUUUUUCUGUGUAUGCUUUUUAGUGUCUGCUCUAGUGUAUGCAAGUGCAGUGUGUGUGUGUGUGUGUGUGUGUGUGUGUGUGUGUGUGUGUGUGUGUGUGUGUGUGUGUGUGUGUGUGUGUGUGUGUGUGUGUGUGUGUGUGUGUGUGUGUGUGUGUGUAUGAGUGUGAAGAAUGGUGGUUCUUACUGAAUCUUACCACCAUGCUGUCAUGACUGAGGUACAGGGAUUUGGUACCGGGGUUAGCCUGUGGUCUUUAAGCCGUCCCCAAAGACACAUACACACACACACACACACAAAGAGUGCCAUCUUUUCAGUCAGUCACAACUGUCCUGUUCAGAAAUCUGCAAUAUGUUUGGCAGUUUACACACAAAGAAUUGUGACCAAUGAGCAAUCGCCAAGUCAAUACGCACAUUGAUGUUGUUUUUUGUUUUGUUUUUAACAACAGUCUCCUCAAGUGCUUUGGAAAGAACCAAUCAGGUUGAGUUUCGACUUGAGUUUUUGUCAUGUAUUUCGCCAGUGCCAUUAUUUUGUUUUAUUUUAUUUUAUUUUUAUUUUAUUUUCGUUUAUCGUACGCAUAGCUUCUCUGAGAGUAACACACAUCUCCAGCGCCACCCAGAGGCCAUAUCCACAGUGUUCUACACUUGUCCGUGUUUGUGUGUGAAGUGUGUGUGGGGGCCAUGCGUUUACUGACGCAGUACCUGACGUAGCCCAGGCGCUGGGCCAUAUCUGGCCCAUAGCUGAGCGGCUGCUGUCUGGUGUCUGCUGUUAUCUUUUAAAAUGGCCUGGCCACGUUAUUGUGAAAAGGGUACUGUUGGACGCGUUUUCUUUGUGUAUCUUCGUUCCUCUCAUGGUUUGUGUGUAACUGCUAAAUAACCCUGUCAGCUCUGGGUGUUGCUUCGGGACCACAGGCUAGCCGCAUAGACUUUUAUUUUAGUUUAAGCCAAGUCCUCAACAACUCCUUGCAGUCUUGGACUUGGCGUUGAGCUGCCUACUAGGAAAAGCCCUAGCCCUGUUGUACUACUGUGCUAAGCUACUGGUACCUGUUUGUCCAAAAAAGACCACAGUUGCAUUAUUAGACGAUGGAAAAAAAUGGUCUAGUUGUGAUCCACCACCUUGUCAGUUUAAAUAUGUUGUAUACAGUUUUUUUCUUUUUUCUUUUUUUAUUAAAUGAGAUGUACAGUAUAUUUAUGAAGUUUGGUUGAUAUCAUUACAUUACACUGCUUCUCAAAACUUUAAUUUAUUUUCACGCUGGAUAUAUUUAGAUUUUUUUUUUUUUUUUCAUUUUUUUUUUCAGGUAGCUCCAUAAUAAGUUAGCAGUGUAAAAGUAAGGCUGGACAAACUUCGGGUUGUAAUCUUUCCAUUUUUUGUAGAUGCUAUCAAUUGUUGACUGUUGCAUAUUGUACCAUAAAACUGAAUGCGUAAUCCACAGCUGGAAACUGUGUUUCAAAACCGAGAAAAUUAAAGCUUUGUCAAACCACA